AUGCAGAACAAGACAAGUGAACUGAAAAAUCUCUAUGAAAUGAAUGGCUACCUCACUGGAAUUCACAUCCUAGACAAGGAUGAGCUUGCACUGGCCAUUCAGAAUGGGGUAUACACCCAGUACAGCCUACAUAAUGUACAUUUACAGAACAAGUGGGUGAUGGACUUAGCUACACAUCCUCUAGUCCUCAAAGCCAUCACUGCAGUUUUGGGACCUGAUGUCAUUCUGCUCGAUUCUCCUUUUAUCUGCAAGUAUCGCUCUGAUGUCCCUCAUGAAAGCAAUGUGGCUCUUUAUGUUGCCUGGCACAGGACUAUUAGAUACUGGGGCUUUGAAGGUGGAUCCGUAGCCUCUGUGUGGUUGGCUUUGGAUGAUGUUGACAAAGAAAAUGGUGCCCUGCAGGUUAUUCCAGGAAGUUACCAAGAAGGGCUACUCGAACAUGGAACAAGUGCUAUUCCUGCGAACAUAAAUCAGGAGAUUCCCAUACACUUGGUUGAUGCUGAGAAGGCUAUUCAACGUCCUCUUUAAGCAGGACAAAUGUCUGUACAUGAUGGUCUGACAGUCCACUUCAGUGAACCAAACCUUUCAAAUAGGAGAAGAUUCGGUUUUGUGAUCUGCUUUGUCCUCACUAUUGCCUAUCCUGUUCGGGAUCCUGACAGACCCCGUUCUUUCCCUUCAACAAUGCUGGUAGCAGGAGAAGACAAGUUCAACCUCUUUCAAAACAAUGCACCAGAUAUCUUUACUAAAACAUUCUGA